UCCUAGGUUUCUUUUCUGCUCAUUUCUUCCCUGGCUUUGUGUUAGGUACACUGGGGCAAGAGCAACAAUUGGAAAUGCAAUAUUCUUUAUCUCCAGAAAAAUAUAGCGUGAUAACAUUUACUCUCCUCAAACACUUUGUCUUUUUUGGUGGUUUGUUUAUAUCAGGAAAGGGAACAUCUCGGAAGUGUGUGGAGGCCAUAAAGUGAUUGAGAAAAUAGGGACCUUUUGCUGGUAAUCUUUCCCCUCCUGCCUAGUGGCUCGCGAUCCAUUCCAGGUUUUGCGGCCGACUCUGCCUCUGAAUUUCGGCUGUGCACUGGGUAGCACGUUUCUCCCUCUCUCCCUCCCCUCCUUUCUCCUUCCCUCUUGCCUCCUGUGUCAGUCUCCAGGAUUUUCUCUCUUCCCAUUUCAAGAAGACUCUCACUGGCUCCCUCAGUCUAUGUGAAGCUGAGGUUUCCCCUCGAUCCCGUACAUCUCCAUCACAUACCUCCACGCACACACCUCCCCGAGAGCCCCGCGUUCACACCCACAAACACGCGCGCUCACACUCGCGCCGGCCUGUCCAUCUCCCUCGGGGUGGGGGGAGCCGGCGCGCGGUCCCACCUUCGUCGCGCACACUGGAUAGGCGAGCUCGCAGCGCUCCACGACUCUGCGGCUCGGAACUCGGACCGCAGGGCUGAACACCCCUACUGUGGUGUUUAAAAAAAAAAAAAGACAUUUCUUUGCCUUUUCCUCUUUUCUCCUCUUUCUCCAACGAUUUUCUACCGGAGUGGCUAGCGGAGCCGGCAGCCUUCCCAAGGCAGCCCUGGUUGGCUUGCCAUCCUCCAUCUGGCUUAUAAAAGUUUGCUGAGUGCAGUCCAGAGGUCUGCGCGGCUCGUCCCCUCGGCUGGCGGAAGGGGGUGACGCUGGGCAGCGGCUAAGGAGCGCGCCGCAGGCUCUGGCGGGCUUUCGGCUCGAGGGGCAAGGUGAAGAGCGCACAGGGAGCUGGGGGCUGCCGAGGUGGACUUGCAUGUUGCACCAUGCCUUCUUGGAUCCGGGCUGUGAUUCUUCCUCUCUCCGGGCUGCUGCUGACCCUCCCGGCCGCGGCGGACGUGAAGGCUCGGAGCUGCAGCGAGGUCCGUCAGGCUUACGGUGCCAAGGGAUUCAGCCUGGCGGACAUCCCCUACCAGGAGAUCGCAGGGGAGCACUUACGCAUCUGCCCUCAGGAAUAUACCUGCUGCACCACAGAAAUGGAAGACAAGCUGAGUCAACAGAGUAAACUGGAGUUUGAAAACCUUGUAGAAGAGACAAGCCACUUUGUGAGGACCACGUUUGUGUCGAGGCACAAGAAAUUUGAUGAGUUUUUCCGAGAGCUGCUGGAAAACGCAGAAAAGUCCCUAAAUGACAUGUUUGUCCGGACCUACGGGAUGCUGUACAUGCAGAAUUCAGAGGUAUUCCAGGACCUCUUCACUGAGCUAAAGCGGUACUACACAGGGGGUAACGUCAACCUGGAAGAGAUGCUCAAUGACUUCUGGGCUCGGCUCCUGGAGAGGAUGUUCCAGCUGAUUAACCCUCAGUAUCACUUCAGCGAGGACUACCUGGAGUGUGUAAGCAAGUACACAGACCAGCUGAAGCCAUUUGGAGACGUGCCACGGAAACUGAAGAUUCAGGUCACCCGCGCCUUCAUCGCGGCUCGCACCUUUGUCCAGGGCCUGACAGUGGGCAGAGAGGUUGCCAACCGAGUUUCCAAGGUGAGCCCCACCCCUGGCUGCAUCCGGGCUCUCAUGAAGAUGCUGUACUGCCCAUACUGCCGAGGCUUGCCCACUGUGAGACCUUGCAACAACUACUGCCUCAACGUCAUGAAGGGCUGCCUGGCCAAUCAGGCAGAUUUGGACACUGAGUGGAAUCUCUUCAUAGAAAUGAGCCAGAAAUGCUCUAAUGUGAAAGACGGCGUGCACACCAUGGGUUCUGCUUGGCUACAUGAGUGAGCAUUAUAACAAAGGCUGAUUGCUCAUCCUCAGCCCACGUGUCAAUCAGCCCCUGAAGUGGAAAGGCUGUGGAUCUUCAUGUGGAUGGUUGUUUUCAGUCAGGUGCGUUCUUGGAUUCUGAAAUGAGUUACUGGCUUUUGUCAGGUGGGCACAGUCAAGUGCGGGAGAAGCCAGUGACUCUCUCUCUCUGAAUUGGUAGGUGAUUGGAUAUAACCUGGCUGUUAGUCGGCUGUCUUUGACUAUCACACAUUUCUGCCAUCACAGACUUGUAAAUAGAGAGGAGUCCUGGGCUUCCGUGUACACUUUGGAGAUGCUAGUCUGUGGUGGAUGGGUUCUGUAGAUUUUGACUUGUGUCAAAACAGUGCAGGGUGGUGAGGCACGGGUAACAGAGAAAACCUCUCAAAGGAUGAAACUAGGGUCCCACAAUUCCCUUCAUGGGCACAUCUCAGUAAUGGAAGAUCUCCUGCCAGGCUCCACCUCUUUCUACCACUUCCCAGUAGCACCUACCAGAGGCAGGUAUCACAUGAGCCCGAGAGCCACUCAGUGGUUCAACUGUAGCGCUGCUGACUUCUUUGAUCAAUUUUUAAAGACAAGGUCUUGCUACAUGGACAGAGCUGACCACAAACACACAACCCUUCUGCCUCAGCCUUCGAGGUGCUCAAAUAUUGGGGUGUACCACCACAUCUGCCUCCAAUUUCUUCCCCCCACCCCCACCACUGAUAUCAUCUUUAGUUUAUAGCAGCGAUGCUAAUAUUAACCAUUGACUAUAGAAAUCUGUCAGCCCCUUAAGUAUUGGGCGAGCUUUGACACAGAGCACUGACUUCUUUCACUAGAGUGCCCUGACAAUAGAGAGGAUUCACAGCGGUAUUUUAAUAGGUACACUGAGAGAUUUGGAAGCGGCAAUUCUUUAUGAUGCAUAUGCUGAGCAGUAGCCACUGAAUAGGGAUCCCUGUUUAUCCUCACAUCCAAGACCUGACACAAGCCGGACAUCUCAGCAUCCACCCACACCAUCCCUUUCUUUUCCGCUUGCUUCCUUCUGUCUGUGCCCACCCGCAUGGUUAUGCAACUUCCCAUGGGGGGGGGACACUAUGGACUAUUAUCAUAAUCUCACAGCACACAUUAUCUAUUAGCAGUUCCCAUCCCUGUAGGAGGGGCCUGCUAAACUCAGGUGGGGUACAGUUCCACACUGCAAGCCAACAGUCAGCGGUGUGUGCCAGGAAAGUCAUGGGACUGGUCGGAGAUCACAGCAGAAGUCUUUUCACCAUUCUGACCUGUGAAAUGAAGCCUCUCUAAAUAUCUCCAUCUCGCCUGAUGUCCACAGACAGAUCCUGCUCCUCUUCAGGCAUGGCUUUACGUCAUCUCGAAUUCAAAGUUGGUAGUGUGUCAUUUUCUCUCAGUACUAGAGCAAUUUAGCAUACCAUUUGGCUUACACAGAACUCGAAUGCAUUAAACAAAUAAUGAAAGGAGGACUGGUGCACAUAUGCUUCCAACAAUCGCUGUGUAGGAAGGUUUCGCAUAAAUCGGUAACUGUGUUCACCACUAACACUGUGUUCUUUAGGCUGCAGGAAAAGAUUGUUUCUAAGAUUUGAGCUGAUGAUUAAUAUAUCUGUGAAUAAAAAUGUCAUAAUAAAAGGUGAAGCCUGAAUUUUUCCCCCUAUAAGCUAUAUAUUUGUCAAUUAAAUGCAUCUUACUAGUCAAUUAUUAACACACUCAGGAGCAAAAGCAACAAUCAAAUAUUUAUUAUCAUUCAUCAUAUGUAUGAACGUAAAAUAAAAAAGUAUAGAGGAAAUUCAAAUCUUGCCUUAAUGGCAAGAUUUAACUUUAGCAUGCUCAGAGCUAGAGUCGGCUUGUCUCCAUCUGUGCAUGGAAGAACACUGAUAUUCAAAUGAGCUCUAAUGAAAUAAAUCAUUGUCUUCACAGAGCACUGAAAAUGUUCUUUCAAAAUAUUCUUCAAUACAUAAAACAUUGUGCAUGCAAUAUACUGCUUUUGUGCAAUUAUCAGACUCCAUGUCAUAUCCACAGUAUGAACGAACAAGAGGGACUAAAGCUCUCUUUGGACACUGACCCAUAUUGAGUCCCUUUAGGGGCUUUUUCCCCCGAGUACAUGGUCCAUGCAGGCAAUCAGGACACUCCUAAAGCUAUGUUUUGUUGGGAAGAACAUAUGUUACUCAAAAAAGUGUCGAGUGAGUUCCUUUACCCAGUGCUUGGCCUGUUCGUCCCACGUACUCAUAACCAAGUUCUCAGAGCCCAUUACCCUGUCUGUGUAUGGCACUCUGGAUACCAUCGUGAGACAGGGGAGAGUCAAAGCUAGAAAUGCUAGGCAGGAAGGGCAACUGGUCCAGAAAGUGUCUGUGCUCAAGGCAAUAAUUUCAUAAAGUUCAAAACUGGCUCCCUGUGGCCAACCUUCAGCCACAAAACAAGAACGAAGAUCAUGAGCUUACGCAAACCCUGUACCUAGAGAUUAGCUGUUGCUGAAAACUGUCCUUAACUGAUCCUAUAGGAGAAUGGUCAGCGAAUUUCUCCUCAUCUGCUUUCAUAGUUUUCCUCUGAUGUUCAGUUGAGGAUCAAAUACAGACUUCAGCCACAGUCUAUUUGUCUUUAUUUCUUCUAGAUACAUAACUUCAGCAAUGUUUCACCAAAAUAUUUCAUGUUUCCUCAUCUGCAAAAUGAAUCUCCAAGUGAGUUCCUAUUUCUAAGGUUGUUUUGAGAAUUGUUUUUGCAAAGCCAUAACAUUUAUACAUUUUUAACUAUUGAAAUCUGUGUGUGUUUAUCCACGUGAAGUCUUGCCUGUGAGUAGUAGUUUGGCUGCCUGACAUAUCAAACUUCCUAUCCUGAACCUGGCAGAACCUCUCUCGUACUGGAAUUUUAUUUUUCAAAGGCGAUGGCCCUUAUUAUUUUUCCCCCCUCUAUCUAAAUGCCAUUUCUUGAUCAUAAAACUAAAAAGUCUUCCUUGCCCUGAGGAAGUUUCUUUACUACUCAUCAAAUCCCGUUUUUCUUUAUGAAGUCUUGCAAGAUCAUUGAGAGGACCAGCGAGAGUGUAUAUAAAAUCCCCAGUGUAUGUGGGUUAUGAGGGCAUUGUUGCCCUGGGAUUACAACAGCCACAAGCCUUCAUUUCCCCAAGUAUAUGUGAAACAGUAGUUUCAUUAAUAACUUACCAAUUGGUUUUCCUAUCAUUGCUCGUAAUCAUGAGCUGAUGCAUCUUCUGGUCCUCACUAGAUAGUAAACUUUAUAAGCUAGCAUCUAGAUUUAACAUUUGAAUUGUACUUCAGUUUUCUAGUUCAGAGGCAACAAACAUAUAAGGAAUACUUACUCUAAACUCUUCUGUGACAGACAUUGUCACACACAUCCUAGACAUUAUAAAGAAGAAAAUAUCUUUUUGCCUUAAUGAAAUAGGAAAAAGUGACCUAGAAAUGGAUCCUGUUAUCCAAUUAUAUGAAUUUUUCAAAUGUGGUCAUAAUCUACAAAUCAGAGCUAUUGUGUGUUAUGGACAAAGAAAUAGCUAAUUUUUUUUUCAGAUAAAAAGAAUUUGAAGCCCAGACCGACUUAACAUAUUUUUACAGCCUGUGUUUACUUUUGGUGAAAUGAUUGAAUUUGUAACAAUUAUAAAGCAACCCAGAUCUCUUUAGUGACGAGUAUCGAUUGCUACUCUGCAGAGGCUCUUCCUCAUUAAAAAUAAAGUGUUUUAGUCAUUGUGGCUCCAUCAGCGGACCUCAGUGCCUUUGUUGGAUAGCUAUGUGUUUGAUGGAUGUAGCAGGGUCUCCUUAAAGCAUUAGCUGUAACAUAAUCAUUUGCAAAGCUUUCAAAAGUUAAUUAUCUCAUAUAACACAGACAGGAACAAAUGUCUCUUCAGUGGUUAAAAAGAAAAUUGGAUUGAGAAGCGAGUGUCGCUUUAAGAAUAGCAGCGGGUGUCUGCUUUUUCUUGUCUGUGACCAAGAAACUAACGAAGGUGGGGCAUCUGGAAUUAUUAUUGUUCGUUGGUACACGUGUGAGAACUUAUGAAAAGAUUGUCAGAAAACAUGGAAAAAAGCGAUAGAACGUGUAAGCGGGGAUUGGUUUUUGGAGUAUUCCUGCGGGGGCGGGGUGGGGCACUAAAGCUUUGGUUUACAAGGGUUGGUUUGGCUCAGUCCAGUGUCGAGGCACGUGUGAGGUAGAAAUGAGAGAACGUGGAAAAAUAUUUUGACACAAAUAAGAUGCUAGAACAGGUUUUGUAGCGAGAAUCUCUUAUAAGCACAACCUGUCAAUAAAAAAGCCAACAGCCAAUGAGCUAUGGCAGGAAAUAGGAGGAGGGACACUGGCAGGAAGAGAGGAUUCUGGGAAACAGUGAGCGGCUAAAAGAGAGACUUAAGAGAGAAAGGCUCAGAUAUCGGCCUAGAAAGAUGCAUGGUGUCUGAGCACAGGCAACCAGCCUCGUGGAAGAAUAAAGGGUACAGUAAUUGGGAUAUUUUGUUAUAUCUAGUUAAAAAAAAAUCUUAGCUAAAUGGCCAAGGUAUUUGUAAUUCUAUUUUGAGUCUGGGGUCUCAUUUCUAGGAGCAUGAGGCUGAAUGAAAGAACCUGGCCUAACUUCUACAAGGUUCCAAAUGGCCUAAAUUUAAUUGAAAAGGGGGAGAUCAGUUAAAUAAUGAGAAAAUUCCUCAGGCCGGGUGUGGGAGCUGGGUACUGGUAUUUGGCGGAUGUGUCUGCCACACUUGGUGAAUGAUUAAAUGGAAGGUGGAGACGCAAUGGAACUCAAAGCUAACACUGAUCCUUGUGAUGUAAGCCAUGAGCAGUUAUUUAAACUAAAAGGCAAAGAUGACUUAUUGCCAUGGGACUGUAAGCUGUUCCGAUUUGAGAACUGACCAUGCCCAAUAAAGCAGAGACUCACAGGCGACAUACCGUACAACGCAUUUCCCUUUGUGAAAUUAACAAAGACUUCUGUGCCUUUCUUCCCUCUGUUCUUUACUGUGUAAUAAUCACUGGAGGAAAUGUAGGAACAUUUUCAUUUUAUGUAAUGUGGCCAACGUAUUUUCCAGGGUCUUCAUGAACAUUGGGAUUUUCUGUUGUCACAGUUGCUUAUGGUCAGAGACUUGACCACUUGGCAGACUGCAUCUGUCUUUAGUUGUUGUAUCCCUGAUUGUUCUUAAACACAAGCAUCUUUCGACAAGGUUAACAACAAUUCUGGUCCCUACUCUAUGGACUCUGCUCCUGUUACCCUGUCUCUCUUACUGCAUUAUAGAUAUUCUCUUUGUGAUGUGGUUCUAGUCCUCUGAAAAUACCUUUUCCCAGUCCCUUUGAUUCCUUCUAUUUGAGGCAGGACCUGAAGUGAAGCCCUCUCAAACAGGAAGCUCACGUCUCCGCUUCCUGGGCCUUCUGUGCGUGGAGCAUUCAGACAUUCAGCAGCUUACCUGAAUAUCAUUUUAUCUUUACGUUCUUCUGUUGUGCCAACUCUGUUCACAUGUAGAUAUUUCGUUUUACAGCAAGCACUUGCAGUGCCUCAGACCCUAGUAGAAUUUGCUGCAUGGGUCUGUCUAUGUAACAGUCUUCAGGCUUACACUCUUGGGGACUGCCCCUUACCUUUGGAUUCUAGAGUGUGGCUUCGGUCUAUAGCAUACCAACUGCUCAGGAACUGCUUUUCUAUUAAACAGUUAAGAACAUUUUCCCCAUCCUCGGGGAUUUUAACCUUUUCAAAGCCAUGGACUCAGUCGUACAACUCUCCUACGAUGUCAGUGAAGCUCGACCUAAGAACUGCAUGAAUAUACAGGUAUACAUAGCGCAAGUUAUUCACACCCAAAACACAGGUUUUCCCUUUCCAAGGAAUUGAAACAUUAGAAAGAAGGUAUUUUAUUUAUAUCUCUGAGAAACUUUGGUGGUUUAAGAUAAAUGUCACAUGCAACUGAUGCGCGUCAUAAAAUUAGACUUGAUGGUGACAUUGGUAAUUCCAUCUUUCUUAAAUGAAGGUAAUCAAAGGAGCUCUAAGAGGAAAUUCUGAAUUAAUUUAAGGCGAUGUUACAAAUACGUGUUUAAGAUCCAACAAAUGCCUGGAGGAAUACCAAUUUUUAAAUAUAUAUUUUCAUUGUAUAAAAUAUUGUAUGUUGUAAUAUAUAUUUGUAGAUGCAUAUAUUUUACUGAAGUACAGUUCUUCAAGUUCACAGAAAUGCAGAAACUUCUCCAGCUGCUAAAAUGUGCAUAAAUGCAGCGGCAGUGUGAUGACUCUGAAGCUAAUCUUCGUGGUUCUCGUGAGUUCUUCCUGACCCUAUGCAGAGAGCCAAAUAAUCACAGCCAGACUGACUGAACCUGUCUUUUACAUACUGUGUGGCUUGUUUCCUCUCUAUGGCCUCAUCUUAAUCCCCAAAGGGCAGUGGCGGGCUGCAAAGCUGCAUAUUCUUUUCCUUUGGAACCUACUCGCUGGCUUUCUUUUCCUCACUGUGUAUUUUUUAUGGUGCUAUUUUCACGUUAAGCAUUGGUGUCAUCUUAAGUAUGACUGGCACAUCCUUUAUGUGGCUCCGCAGCAUGGUGGACGAUACCUUCCAGAGCUGACAGUCUUCUUAGUAAAAUGGACACUUCCUUUCUCUGUCAGUAGAUUCAGAGCACUAAGAGAAUAGAAUAUUCUCCCCCGCCUUCUUCUUCUUCUUUUUUUUUUAAAUUCAGCUAAGCUAGUGCUACUUAAUGUUCAUUGAUGGUAGCACAUGCCGAAAUUGACUUCAGUGCUCUGCUGGCUUAUCCUGGCUUUGGUGGCUUGAGCUGGGAAUGUUAAUUGAUUAUCCUCACUCCCACGGGGUUUGAUUGGAUGCUUAAGACUCUUUGGAAAUUCUGAACCUGUCACAAAGGAUUGAGGUUUUUGGGUUUUUUUCUUGUUUUUUGUUUGUUUGUUUGUUUGUUUGUUUGUUUGUUUUGUUUUUAAGAAAGGUAAAGUUUCAUAUACCUUCAUCAACAGCAUUCACUGGGGCGUUGGAAUAGAUACACACCAGUCUCAAGGAAGGGUCAACGAACAGUGUCCUGAGAAGCGGGCCACUUUUUUGAUUGACUUUAAGAUCUCCCUAGAUUACAUGUGACAGCCUUUUCAUCCAUAAAUGUGAGCCACUGUUGGUGUCUGCUUCUAAAAUGAACCAGCGGGAACUCGUCAACUCACGUGUUCGUUCCUAACCUGCGUUUUGAGUUUUUGGAGGGAAGAGAAACCAUGAGUGAAUUGAGACCUAUUUCCCAGUACAUGAUUGCCAACUCUCGCUUUAGGGUGUUGGUUUCUAUUUCUGUAGCCACUGAGACUCAUGCGUUCUUCCUCACUAUAACCCGACAUACAUGACUUUAAGCAUGCAUGCAUCUGGAACAAUGUUCAGGACUGUGUCAUUUCCAUGAUGGCAAGGACAAGCUCUCCAACAUUAAUAAUCUUGUUUACUGUAAGUUGAAACCGAGCUAACAAAAGGCCUCCAGACAUAAAUAAAGGAGUGCGAUGCUGGAUUCCCAGGGAAAUGUUCAAACCCAGUCAGCUGGAGAGAAGGGAGCAUUCAUAGCUUUGACACAAAUGCACACUAGGCUGGGACCUCAGCGAAGAGCUGAAGCUCUUAUUCCAGUCUGACAAAAAGCAUUGCAGGACCCAUUGUCACCCCCACUCUGCGGGUGAAAAGCUACAGCAAAUGGCACGGCUUGGUUUUUGUUCUUUGACCUUUGACCUGUAAGACCCGUAAGGUCUGCUGCCGUCUUCUCCUUGAGAAAGAUCAAGGUUCUUAUACAUAGAAAUCCCAAAGACAGAAGUUACAUCUCACAAAGGUUCGACAAGAGUGGACUGUAGACAGAACAUGUAGCCCGAGAGUAGAACUGAAGAACAACGUAGGCAGGCUUGUAAAAGAAAUGCCCUUGAUCAUCAGCAAAGGAAUGGGGACCUGCUCAAGAGAGGAAGCAACCUCCUUUACACUGUCCCUAAGAUGCAGCCAUUGGAAAACAGGAAGAGAAAACUGAGCUCAAGUUAUUAGAUAUUAGCUUUUAGGUAAAAAAAAAAAAAAAAAAAAUUACCUGUCUAAAAGGAUACUGAACCUUAUCAUUAGAGAGGCUGAAAUAUUUCAUAUUCCAUCAGUUCUCAAGCUGCGGGUCAUGACCCCGACAAAGGGUUGCAUAUCAUGUAUCUUCCGUAUCAGAUAUUUACAUUACAAUUCAUAACAGUAGCAAAAUUACAGUUAUGAAGUAGCAACAAAAUAAUUUUAUGUUUGGGGGUCACCAUAACACGAGGAACUGUAUUAAAAGGUCACAGCAUUUGGAGGGGUGAGAAUCUCUGGACUAUGAGAUGGGGCAGAGGCUAAAUUCUUUCCGUAGGGGUAUUCAUUUAAGGUUAAGUGGUGGCAUUCGAAAACUAACUAGCCAUGUUAUCAUUGAUCCAUAGUAUUACAGCCCUGUCUGUGUCUGAACUGUACGCAUCUCAGCUGGAAAAUGCAAGGUCAAGAGCAAAGCUAAUUUUUGAGGAAAAAAAAAACCCGACAGUAAUUAUUGAGGUCUUACUGAGUGCAAAGCAGAAAGCUUUCCAGGUAUUGUAUUAACCUUUGAAGCAAUCCUAAAUUUAAUACUUAUUAUUUUUCCUACGUCACAGAUUUAGAUAAUGAGGGAAGUAAGAUUACUAACUGAGAAUCAUAUAGUUAGCAAAUGACCAGAGAUGCAAAUCUAUCCGGCUUGCUUCUGGACCAUGUGUAAAUAAUGGUUAACCGCACAGUAGGAGCCGACUAAGUUACAGCUAAGGCGGUGUUGGGAAUAUUUUAUCUGAUUUCAACUGAGAAAAUAGAACGCAGACAAGUACUCUCUCAGGAAGCCAGGCCAUAGGUUUAUGGGAUGAAUUCGCUGCUUUGAAGGAUGGACUUCAUCCCUCCAAGUGCUUAGGCAGAAAAGACCUUACAUUUUAAUAGAGUCAUGUGGCUGUCCAAGGCCUCCAGGGGGCCCUUUGCCAUCUCCUGUUUUGCACCUGAUAGUUUUGUAAAGAUUUUAAACACACUGGUAAUGAGGUUUACGUCCAAGGGAAGCGGGACAGAACUUCAGUGUUAUUCUGAGGGUUCAACUCUUAGGAGGGAGAUGGAGACGGUCCCAGAAGAAUUUCUGAAACAAGAAGAAAAUGAAUCUCCUCCAAUGGGGGCACCUCGUCUUUCCUUCAUUUGACAUUACGUCUCUGCCUGUCAUUUGUUCAUCUUUGUGAGAACAUGUCGCCAUUGAUAACAAACUCAUCAACUGCCCAGUGAGUUAGGCACAGGGAGAAUCGGAUACUCUAAAGUCUAUGAAUAACAUUUGUUGGAGGGUAACCCACACAAAGCUUACUCUUGGUAGAGGAAAGAAUGGUAUCCUGGCAACUGGUGUUCUUUUUUAAAACAAAAAACAAACAAACAAAAAACAAUUGUUUCUAUUUUUCUAAAUUGUUUUAUUUAUUUACAUUCUAAAUGUUGCACCCCUUACAGGCCCACACUUCAAGAUUUCUUCACCCUCCACCCCUUGACCUCUGAGAGGGUGCUCCGUCCCCUCCCCUACCACUUCCCUCACCCACUCAUCCACCCCCACCUCACCACCCUCUGAAUCUUUCUUCCCUGGGGCAGCAGGGUUUAUGGGAGCAGGCACAUCCCCUCCCACUGAGACCAGACAAGGCCUUUGCUGCCGAUGUGCCUGGGGCCUCGGACAAGCCCAUGUAUGCUCUUUAUUUGGUGGGUUAGUCUCUGGGCCCUCCUAUAGGGUUGACAUCCCCUUCAGCCCCUUCAACCCUUCCCCUAACUCUUCUGUAGGUGCCCCUGACCUCACUCCAAUGCUUGGCUCUAAGUGUCUGUAUCUGUCUCAGUCAGCUGCUGGUAGCCUUUCAGAGGACAGCCAUGUUAAGCUGCAAGCACAACAUGGGAUCGGUAAUAGUGUCCCGGGCACCAAACCCUGAAAUUGGUAUUCUUUUGGGGGGGGGGGUUGUUUUGUUUUGUUUUGUUUUGUUUUGUUUUGUUUUGUUUGAGACAGGGUUUCUCUGUAUAGCCCUGCUGUCCUGGAACUCACUCUGUAGAUCAGGCUGGCCUUGAACUCAGAAAUCCACCUGCCUCUGCCUCCCUAGUGCUGGGAUUAAAGAUGUGCACCACCACGCCCAGCGAAAUUGGUAUUCUUUUUUUUUUAAUUACGUAUUUUAAAAAAAUGGUUAUUUCAUUUACAUUUCCAAUGCUAUCCCAAAAGUCCCCCACACGCUCCCCCACCCACUCCUUCUUAAUUUCAACCUAGAUCUACAAAUUUCUCUACUUGACUGCUUGAUUCAAAAUAUGUGUGCUGUUUCUUCCAUUUUUUUAAAAGUGGGUAAGACCUCUUAGCUGUUUAAUUUGUAAACUCUGGCUUGUAAAUAAUAUUUUAGUAAAUAGAAUUUAUUAUCACUUUACUAAAAGAGUUCAGUAUUUAUAGAAAUCAUAAAGCAAUUCUUUUGCCCAAAACUUAAUUUUAUGUGUUGAUUUCCUAAUGAAGGUCCUGUGUUUCAUAAUUAACUGUUUCACGAAGGCAAUAUAGAGAAUCAGCGCUUCAAAUCCAAAGUUCUCUAAUGUUAAUGAAAAUAGGUAGGCUAGUUAUUAACAAGUACUUAUCAGCCCUAGGUCCUUUAGUAAUCAAUUUGCAAAUUGAAUGUUUUAAUAAAUUAUGUUUACAGGAGGAGAGAAACAGUUAAUUGAAUAGAUGAUAGUUAUGGAUGCUGGAUACGCUAUACCUUCACCUAUUUAAUCUGCAUAAUAACACUAUCCGAUAUGCCAAUACAUGCCAAUGAAAUGUCUGUUACCUCACAUGCCAAGAGUUGAGGGAGAUUCUGAUAAGACAGUAGUGACUGAGACAGACUACAAACUCUAGAUUUGUGAAGUUUAAAAACCAGCCUUCACAGGACCUGUGCGUAUCUACACCAGAGCCUCUGCAUACCUAUUAUUAGCGCCAUUAGCUUAGUAUUUUUAUGGGACUCUUGACCGUGAGAACAAAUGGGUCUCUGACCCUUGUGCCUGUCCGUGGACUUUUCUCCUCCUGUUGGCUUGCCGUGUUCAACUUCGAUUUGAUAGUUUUGGUUUUGUGUUAUUAUUAUAUUUUAUUUUAUUUUAUUUUGUGUUAUUAUUAUAUUUUAUUAUAUUUUAUUUUGUCAUGUUUGGGUGUUAUCUCUUAGCAGAGAGAAGUGGGGAGAAGGGAAACUAUAAUCAGGAUAUACAGUAUGAGAAAAGAAUCUAUUUUCAAUAAAGGAGAAAAAAGAAGCAGCAGCCAAGAAAAGAAAGAAGAAAAGCAAGCAGGCCCUAAGAGUAAUGCAUUGGAGUGCCCAGAGUGUUGGAAAGGACAAAGUCUACAUCCUAAAGUUUCACUCUGAGCCCUGACCUCACUUCCUAUAUUGACAGAUAAGCAGCGUUUGUGGUUGAGCCCAGGUACAGCUGCCUCCAUAGCAGGCGGUGUCUUCUCUGUACUGUCAUCCUGAGGCAUAAGAGUGAGGGUCCCUCAGAUGACCACUUUCUGUGUUCAGCUCUUAAAUGUGUAUAUACUGACCUCAGAAAUCUUCAUGCUCAACUUCUGUAUCUGAACAUUAAGGUGUGGGGUGAACUCUAUCCCGUGCUCUCAUUCGUGGACGCUUCUACUCCUACUGCUGCUUAGGCACUGCCGCAAAGGAUGUGAGGAAGCUGGCUGUUAAAGACCCGGGUGGUUUGCAAACUGCCAUUUCUCUAACAUCCUGCUUCCCAGAUUAAGGAAAAUGUUAACAUCAACAUUUUUUGGUCAGCAUUCAGUUCAAGGCAUCAGCGUAACAAGUUCAUCUUUCUGUUAUCAUUAUUUGAAUGGAAAUGAGAUGUAGCAGGUUUCUUUAACCCAGUAGAGUACUAUGUUUCCAACCCAGGAGAUCACUUUACUUCAGAGUCUUUCAAUUACUCUUGCAGUACAGUGAGGGGCAGCUAUGUUAAUGCCGUAUUAAUUCUAUAACAGCCAUUGUUCCUGACUUGGUAUUGAUGUAGUUACCCAAGCAUUGUGCCUAACAAAGCUGCUUCCUUCCCCCCCGAAGAUUUGUAAUGUGAAAGAAAAUGACUCAUUAUGCACUUCACCUUGCCGACUCUGCUCUUAGCACCAGGCACAUAGUGUGGCUUGGUCUUAGAAACCCCAGGCUUCAUUAUAAUUCCAGAGGUGUUGUAUUCUGAAUAAUGAUUCUAUGUCAUUAACAAGUGGGAAAUCCCAGACUAUUGUUGGAGUAGGUGAAUAAUAUCAAGGGUGGAUGUCUUUUCUGGCUGAUUACUAUUGAAGAAAAAUACACCUGUAAUUUGGCUUCUAACCCCGGUCUUAAUUAACACUUACAGUAUAAGGCUUCGAGUACAAUUACAUAAAUCACACAUGUUCCUGAAGAAUCAUGGGAUGAAGCAACAGAGGCCACUAAAUCAAAUGUGAUCAUUCUAAGUCAUUCAUUUAUUCAAAACAUGUUUAGCCAGCAUGCACUCUGGGUGCAGGGUCAGGCACCACUGAUAGAAAGAUUACCAGGAAGGAGGUAAAGAAAUGAACUAGCACUUGAACAUCAGCAGGUACCUGAGGAGAGCCAUGUAACAAUCCUGGCAGAGUGGUACACUGUUGUAGUCUCCGUCCUGGGGAAGUGGACACAGGUGGAUCCCGGGGCCUCACUGGCUAGCCGGCAUAGUUUAGCGUGCCCCAGCCUAAUGAUUAGAGACCCUGUCUCCAAAACAAAUAUGGGUGGCACCUGAGGAACACCACUGGAGUUUGACCUCUGAUCUCCACAUGCACCCACAUACAUAAGUGCACAUAGAUGUACAGGUGUUAGCAAGUAUGUAUGUAUACACAUGUACACACACACACACACACACACACACACACAUCUGGAAGAACAGACUUGGAAAAGUAAUUCCGUGAAGGUAGCUUUUGUUAUUUAAAAAAUUUGAGAACAUUUUAUGACUUUAAAAAAUUAAAUUUGAAAAGUUUGUGACUAUUUUGUUAACAUAAUCUAAUGGUUUUUCUUUUGAAAUUUAUAUUUUUACCUUUUAACAGAGACAUAAAAACAUGAAAAUGGAUGGAUGAAUGGAUGGGCAGCCGUUUAAUGUUUAACAUAUGUGUGCAUUGGAUCAAUGUGAAAUGUUUGUGAUAUUUCUGCCAUACAAUCCCAUGGUUAUUUCUAAAGUCUAUACAAUAGAAGCAUCCUAAUGAAUGACUCCUUGUCUUUCAAACAUAAAUUCUCAGCUCUGGAGGAUGAAGCAGAAGAAUGGAGGUGCCAAGCGUCCUUCCAGUUUAUCUGCACACCUGUUCUCCCAUUAUACAUGACAUUUCCUCUCUAUUUUUCUUUCUUUUUCUUCUUCUUGUUUUGCUUCUCAUGAAUCUGUUCAGGAAAACCCACACGUUCUUUUUUAACCAAAAUUUCCACUUCCUUUUAAAACUGGUUCUUUCUUCUUCGGCGUUAGCCACUUUAUUGAGCUAGUUCAAAGUCCUGCCUUGGUUUCCUUCUAAUGAUCAGAGGAUUCCUGGCUCUGUGGUAGGUUCAGGAUCCCAUAUGUUGUCCUUAGGGGAAAAAAACUAUCAUAUGUCAAAUAUAUGCGUCCUUCCCCCUCCCCCAACUCCACUGCUUCAAAUGGGUUCUCUCGAUAUAAAAGUCUUCUCAACUAAAGACCCAUUCACUGAUGGAUGUCUAGCAGCAUCAAGAGUCGACAUUAUGGCCUAGACAUGAACACUAUCAGUGCACAUAUAUAUGCACGUAGAGGAGUGUGUGUGUGUAUCUUGCACAUACUUUCAUUUAUUCAGUAAUAUUCCUGAGCACUUUUUUUAUUGUAGAAGCUGUUAUAGAUCUAGAAAGGGGGAGGGUUAGUGAAGGAAACAAAGCCUGAGUCCCCCGUUCUGUGGGAGUCUCCAUAUUCUGUUGGCAAAUUGUAAACAAUGACGUCAGUCAUUCUCAGGUCAUUUGGCAUUCAGAACUAAGAAGAAAAAGAAAAAGAAAAGAAACCAGGAAAGCAAAGGAUGAGGGGGGAAGCUUCCCCUUUUGAACGUCUUGGUCAGGAAAACCUUCCUUUAAUCAGAUACCUGCAGGAGGCAAAGAGUGAGGCAAAGGGCUAAGAGAAAGGGCGUGAUAGAAGAAGCAGCAGCAGAUGCAGAAGCCCCAAGGUAGCCUUGUAGUUGGAAUUCUCCAGACUCAGAAGGGAACAGAUCUUCUGAAGUAUUUGACUUUGUAAAGAGGGUGUGCAGAAGAGCACCAUUACAUAGAAAAUAUUGUAGAAAUGCUUCCGAGAGCCACACAAUAGACAGUCCUAGCAUGGAUCCUGGUGUAGCUGGAGGAAAGAGAGUGGGCGGUUAGAGGUGGGAUCAGUGCAGAAGACAAAGCCUGAUAUAUGAUCAAUUAGCUAGACCUGGGGGGCUUCGUAUGGGAAUAAGGGUGAACAUCAUUGGCUAUGUUAUUGUUGGAGAAAAAUACUCCUGUGAUUUAGCUUCUACCAUCUGUCCUCAUUACCCCCCCCCGGGGGGGGAGGGCUGUGGGGAUGGUGCUGAUUUGCUCUGGCUUGGAGCAUUUGUCUGUGACUGUAAUGGGAGUCAUCUCCCUGGGAACCACUGCAGGCAUAGCAAGUGGAAGAGAGACUAUAACAGCUUCCCAAAGGAUCCAUGCCUAUCACAGUAGGAAAAUACCUGCUUGUGAGCACUAACACAAUGAUGGCUUGAUAAUAUUAACCUCCUUUGCUGUAGGUACUGCUAUAAGUUAUUAUCAUUUUAAUUUCAAGAAAGGUUAUGUUUAAACGAAUUUCCAAAUUCAGCUUUCUUCAACUAGUAUAAACUUACUCCAGUACACCAAUGCUAUGUCUGAACAAGGGUUUAUAGAGAGUAAAUGUCUCAUUUUCAGGGAGUUCACCAUCAUGGUGGUCAAAGGCAGAUACAGGGAGACUGGUUACGGGGUAUCGAUGAAACCCAGGAGCUCAGUGUAGGACAUUUGCACAGCCUUUGCACUUCCUAUGAACCUCAGAGCAUCCUUGAAUGAGCCACUCUGUCACUUACCACAAUUCCUGUAUUCUAAGAUGCCAAGUUUCUUCUCAGGGAUUUUCCAAAAGCACCAUGAAGUUGAGCUGUUUCUCAAAAUUAUCAGUGUACAUUUAGUAUAUGGUGUCUCCUUUUUCAUCAAAAGCCAGUGAGAAACAGAUGUGGGCUCAGCAAUUAAAAGCAAUUAGAAACAUUUCACAACAGUGAAAGCAUUCGAUUUGGUUCAGAGCUGAUCACAAUAUCGUAGUAUGUGUGUACCAGAACUGAGUAAAGCUGACGCUUGAUUUGAAGUAGGAACGAACAUCGCUAGUACAGAUGUUUGAGUGGGAGGGUCAAACACUGACGUGUGGGGAAGAGGAACCAAGGAGUUGAGCAUUCAGGGAAAUCGGGGAGUCCUCUGAUUAAAAGGCAAACACUCAUCAAGUACGCGAUUCAAGGUGUGCUGCCUUCUGCUCGACCAGCUUGAAGAGAUGUGUCAUAUUCCAGAAGGUUCAGUUUCUGUUGAUGACACCAUGGUCUCCAGGUGAUCCCUGGUCAGGUGUCUGAAAGGAACUGAGAAGAGAUGGCACAUAGAGGCACCAUUAAGAUGGGGGCAAGAAGGAGCCCAAGGAAAAAUGAGACACAAAUCUUAACAGAUUUGGUACUGUACACAGGUCCAGGACAGAGUGAAUGCUUAUACAAUUAAACAAUCUUAAAACCACUAGGAUGUACAGAAUACCCUGAAAGACAGUCUACCUGCACUGCCUAAAGAGAGAAAAAAUUAUUCCAAUGAUUCUCCUCACAAAGUUACUAUAGGAACAUCAGUGAAAAAACAUUUCUAUUAUUUUCAAUAAAUACGAAAAUUAAUGGCAGUCUUUUAAUUAUUAACUAAAAUAUUAAUGAUGUUUUUUUAAGUUGCCGUGCAAUGUGUUUCACUGGACCCUUGCAGGCUUUCUCGUUUUGCCCUCUCUAAAGCCUCAUGCAAUUCCAUUUUACAAAUGAGACAUUCAGACUGCUCAGGCUGGGUCUAAGUCAUGUCUACACUGCCUGGGCUGUCUGCGCUAUGUCUCAAACUCCGGGAGCCGCUGACAUUUACCCAGUGUUCUAAAGUGUGUAAUAUAAAUAACUGCCUCCCUGAGGUGUGUUAGGCUUGGCUGUGCCCAAAGCUGGUAAUUGGGUUGGAUGCCAGUCUAUGAGCACCAGCCUGUUGGCCAACUUCCCUGUUUGAACAGGGAGUCUUUCCUGAGCAGUUCUGCCACGGGAGAGGAGAGGAGCAGAGAGCAGCGGAGGGAUGUGCGAGAUCCACGAGGCCACUCUGCUGGAUUAAACCUGAAAUGCUAUUUGGAGGGAAAGUGUUUCUGGGCUGAACUCAAGCUCUCUCACUCACUACUCCACGCACGUCGUAAAUCAGCCAGAAGAGAGCUAUUUCCAUAUUUUAAAUUGCUGCAAAAAUCUCUCCAACUUCCUCGUUUUGCAGAUAAAGCUUCAACAUUAUGUGAAGCUGUGUACGUGGAAUUUCAAUGCUCACUUAGGAAAGCAGGCUCACUCACUCGGUGGGGUUUUGACGCUCCUCAGAUGUACAACCAGAGCCUAAUUUGUUGCAGGAUACGUUUGCUUCUGUAGCUGUUUAUUAUUGAAAUACCUACAAGGUUCUGUCUUACAUAGAAAGGACCCCUGUGGCUUUUGAGUAAUGUAUUGGUCCCUGCUAAUGUCUAACCUGAAAGUUCAAAACCUAUUUAAAAUGGCUUCUUGUACUAUUCUAGCUAUCCCAGUGCGUGAUUUAUAUUACAAACCUAAUGAAUAUUUUCAAAGUAUCGAAUGCUUAGAAGAUAAAAAUUAAACUGAGACACAGACAACAAACAUUCAAAUGCCACUCUACAAAAGUACAGUUUUGAAAAUAUAUUAAAUAUCUUAAAAAGUAAAUGCAUGAGAAAUGAAAUUCUAAAAGUCAGAGCAUUCAUGAAAUGCAUGGGUACUUCGCACUCUUUAGUCAGAAAAUCUUGACAGCCACAUUUUAAAAGUUUAAAGAUCUAAAACUUUUCCUUAUACUUGUUAAAUAUAAAGACUAAAUGUGUUUAAUUUGUUAGGUUAACGUGUAUUUGCCUGCGGUAACUGCUUGCUUAUUCAACAUAUAAACUUACUCUAUAUACUUCGCAGUCUGUAGAAUCGACUUGUUGCAUGAAGCACGUGAUACCAGAUGCUCCUCCCCAUCCCAUCCUGAUUACGAAAAUGCAAUGGCAUCAAUGCCAGCCUGAGACCUCUCCUGUUUUAUCUCCUUUUCCGGAAGGAGACAAGAGCUCUAAGCCACCACACUAUUGUUUGAGCUUCUAAACAGCUUCGUGAUAUUUGUUUGUACAUGUGUUUGCAUUCGAGGGAUGGAGGAGGGAAGAACCACUUGCUCUAAUUGAUGUGAUAUAUUGAUGCUGAUCUGGAGAACAUGGGAUUACACUUUAAAGGUCAGCAUCCCUGUUGUGAGAAAAAAAAUCUACGUGUUUGAUACUAAUGAGCUUUGUUUAUCCAGUGGGUGCAGACAGACAAAUAUUAGAUUAAAUUGAGAUCACAGAAUGUUCUUAUUAGCCCAGAAGACUCUCUGGUACAAAUGUGCUAAUGUGAAAUGAAGUGCUUAUAUAAAUGUUCUCUCCAAAUCACUGAGGUAAACAGGAAGUACUACCGCAACGGGAAGAAGUCAUUCACAAGAUUAAAAUCAAUAUUCAUUGUUUUAAAAGUCCACUUAAGAGAGUCUAGCACCUUUCCAAAUGUGACUGAAUAGUCCCUUCAUAGAGCCCUUUGGAAAAUAAGGGAAACUCUUAGGAAUGCAAUUUCAAGUCCGUACAUUCAUUCACAUAGUCUCCAACUAGGUUCAUUUCAGAACAUGACUCUUGGUCUGAUUUUCACGUAUUUACAACCCGCUCAAGCUGUUCCAAUGUUCUCAUCUCUCACUUUCUCCACCCAGCUUUAUAAAUAGCACAUAUCCUUCCCGUUGGGCCCGUUCAUUGAUCCAUCAAAUGUUUCUAAAUCCCAGCAUUGGUCUUGGCACCCGUGAUGCUUUGCUCAUGAGUGUUGGAGCCACAACGGAACUUUGAAAGAGAGCACUGACCAAAACAAAGGCAUCUAUGUGGAUAGAUUGGAAAUAAUUGUCACAAUCCUGGAGACCAGGAGUUGCUAAAACUGAAAGGGUGAGAUUGUGUGAACUAGGCAAUAUGCAGACAUGGCAAUGUAUGACUAGAAGAGAGGGGUGUGGAUAGAUGGACAUGUGGUUCAGAGGGUAGGAUGGAAUCACACUGGACUCACACUCAAGAGUCUGACCAUCACUAUAGCAGGAGCCUCAGUCCCUAGAAGGUAUGGAGCCUGCAGAGCUCAGUAGGUGUCUCUGUGAAGGAUGAAGGAGACAGAGAACACAGGCUGGGGUUCAUGUCAGACUCUUCUAACAGUUCAUCCCCAGAGCUGAAACUUUAGAGACCCAUAUUUCUGUUUUUGCUGAGUAGGUCAGUAGUGGAAGAGUUUACAGGGACAAAAUAUGGCAGAAGAAGCGAAGAAACACAGGGACAGAGUGACUGGAAAUCGUUCCUCUGUAGGAAAGACACCUAGGAAUUGAUAAUAGCAAGACUCACAGCAACUCUUCUCAGUCCACACAGAUGGGAAGUUCAUUAUAGAUCCUAACUUUGACACUGAGAGUCGUGAAGCUGAAUGGCCAGAUGCAACUACUAAGUUGCUAGUUUUAACAAAUGUAUUUUUUUAACAAGAAGUUAAUGAGAUCCACUAUGUCUAAGGAAGCCCAGGGUUUCUCGUUGUAAGGCUGAGGAGACAGAGCAAAGCUCUGUGUGUCUGUCUUUGCUUGCUCCAUUAACUGCCUUUGUAUGUGUGGGAAAAGCCAUGAGAGAUUGGCCCUGGAAAUCUGAGAAUUCCUAGGAGACAUAAUUUGAGCAGUGUUCAGGAUCAGGCUGGCUGGUGGGUCCGUGCUGUCUCUUCUGAGCCGUCUCUCCCUGACUGGUUUCCUUUUAGGGUUGCCAGGUCUGUGAAGAUGAUCUUGAAGAUAAUGUUAUUUGGCCUUCAGUAGCUUUCAAAGGCGAUUUGUUGAAAAUGAAUACCUAUUUUUAAGAAGUCUCUCCCCCGCCUAAGAGCAGUCGUAUUUGGUGAUAAAUUGACUGCUUCUCAGUAAAUUGAACAUAUCAUGAUCUUGAUAGAAUCUUCACUCUGAAAAAAGUCAUAGAACGUGGCACCUUUCUUAGGUGAGCUAUUUUUGAUUCAUAAAUCACCUAAGCUCUGGAGAAGAAAGCUUCCGUAAGGGAAGUUCCCUCUUUCCUGAGACAAAUGACAAGUUCUACAUAGGACAUCUCAGAAAAAAUCUGUCUGUUUUGCUCACAUAGUUCUAAUUAUUGGCUCAUAUAGAAUAGAAUUUGUUCAACCAUCUGCUAUUAACAAAAUGCAAUAUGAAUCUAGAGAAAGACCUCGGAUCCUGUAUCCUAAUAACACUCCGUGAUUUGCUCAUGGGAGCUGCAUGUCACCUUAGCUCUGCUCUCAUAGUCAAAACAAAGGGAAGAAUUCAGACCGUACUACUGGGAAGGUUUGUAAGUCAUGAAUGGUUUGCGGAACUUAAAACAACUUUUUGCCUUUUUUAUUUGCUUUUUUUCUUUUUCCUUCUCUCACAAAUCAUUCCUUAAAUCCUCAUUCAUUACUCAGUGCUCUCUGACAAUCGAGCUCCGUCUCUCCCACUCCAUCUUGCCAUUUCCUUUAGCGGGAAAUAGAAAAAUGACAGCCUGUGGAGGAAGGGAAGGCUGUGUCCUGUUAUUAGCCUGCCAUGUUGUGCCGCUGUGAGGAAGUGGAAUUGGAAGUGUCAGGAUAUGAAGUGAGAAGUCAGUCGGUGUUUUGACCUUGUGACCUUCUUGUGAACUCGAGGCACAGCCCAGCUCUUGGGUGUGUGGGUUACUGCGGGCCAGGGUGGCAGUUUCUGUUAGUAAUCAUCUUGUGUAAUCUCACCAGCCAGGCAAUCACAAAAAGAAAUUAAAUUAAAUUAAAUUAAUUUUCUGAUAGUGCAGGCAAUUCUAUUCUGAGACUGAAAGACUGUCUGUUUAACUCGCUCCUGUCAGCCCAUUCAUCCUUCCCCAGAUAUUCCAAAGUUGAUUAUCAGAUGAGUCCUUUCAUUACUGACGGGACAUCAUUCCUGGAAAAAGACCCUGUUUUUCCUGCUUGGUUUUCAGCUUCUUUUAUCAAAAGCUCUAGCUGAUGAAGCCUUUUUCCUCAAUAAUAUCUGCAGGAUUUCACGGACAGCAAAGAGGGAUGCAAACUUCAAAGUCAAUCUACAGUUCUCCACCCUCUUCCGUUUUGAAAAUGUGAAUGUCCUUGAGUUCUUGAUUGUGUACCUGUGACUACCCAGGCAAACCCCUGUUUGUUUUCUUUUAACUUCAGGGAUAAUUCCCUGCUCUGGGUGUAUGGUAAGCGCUGGAUCCAGUGUUGACUUCAUGAAUGAAGACCAUCUUGUGGUUCAGUAACCACCUUCCAAGGUCACCUCUCUGUUGCCGAAACCCCCCACACCCAGAAACAUGUGGACAUCACACAUUGGGAGUCAAUGUGUCAUUUAAUUUAAAAGCAUUUUAAAAGAGGACACUAAGUCAGAGAAAUUAGGAAAUGGAGGCAGAUCUGAGAAUAGGGUAAGCAUUGUUAAGACAUACUUUAUAAAAUUCUAAAUCAAUAAAAAUAUUUUUUAUAUUUCCAAAAGGAGAAAAAGAGAGAGAGAAAGUGCUGCUUUAUAUUUCUCUAACAGCAAAUGUCUCAAAUGAUUCAGUAUUAUUUUCAUUUGUAUAGAAUUUCCUGAAUAUUGUGUCAGAUAUUUGGCUUAAACAAAAUUAUAAAAAAAAUUGACAAAAAUAUAGAAAUGAAACGGGAGAGGAUGAAGUCCAGAAGCAUGCUCUGUUGGCUGAUGCGACACUUGGGGCUGCUCUGUGUGAGGUGGAGCCAUCUCACAGAGAAAGGAAUGACCAGCCUGGACAGUUACCUUGUGGAGCGAUUGGAGGGGUCAUGGGCAGCAGAGUGUAUUCCGAAUCUUAAGCCUAAAAGUGUGCAUAACUUAACAUCUUAUUUAAUUCUAUUAACAUAAUAUAUAACACCUUUGAUAAGACAAAUACUGAUAAUAGUAUAUAUGCAUAUAUAUGAAUCAGUGCAUAUACAUAUGUAUGCAUAUAUGAAUAUAAAUAUUCAAUGAAUAUAAACAGAGAGGGUACAUGGCCAGAGUCCUACAGAUAAAGCAGUAAUCAUAUCUGCCUUUUAUGAUCCAUCCCUGCGUGUUUUCAAAUGGACACUAAGCAUUCCAAAUCCGUGUGUGUGUGUGUGUGUGUGUGUGUGUGUGUGUGUGUGUGUGUAAGCAAACGAAAUAGCAGCUCUGGGUGGUGUUCUACUGAGAAGAGGAUUGUUUUCAGAGAGCUUUGAUCUUCCAAAAUUAAUUUCAACUUGGCAAAUUUACAUGUUUGUAUGUCCUGAGCAUUUAAUGGCACCUCACAAUCAGUUAAUGAAUGUGCUAAAAAUUAUGUCAGAUGUCAUCAUUGGGCUUUCAUUGUAUUGUUAUCAUCCUCUUGUCUGUAUGUUACUUAAGACGUUGGCUCAUCUGGUUUGCAUCAGGGUAAAACUUGAAUACGUUGAAUCUUCUUUUGUAGAUUACUUGUUCUGGAAAGUGCCAUCCAUCAGCCACUAGCAAGUAGCCAAUAUGUUUUAUUGUGUAUUGUGAAGACACUUAUGGUUACAAAGAUCAUAAAUAAGUCAGAAUCAUAAUAUUAAAAUUACUAAAAUUGCUCCUAUUAGUUUACUAAUCUGUUAUUUAUUUAUUUAUCUUUUAUUUACUUAUUUACAUCCCAAAUGCCCCCCACCCCCUGUCUCCCCCUCACAGAGUCUCUCCCCCCCAUCCCUUUACCCUCUGAGAAGGUGUGCCCCCUUUGGUAUCCCCUCCCCCACCCUGGCACUACAGGGCUGGGUGCUUUCUCUUCUUCCACUGAGGCCAGACAAGGCAGCGCUGUUGAGGAAGUGAAUCCACAGUUAGGCUACAGCUGAAGGGGCAGCCUUUGCUCCAUUUGUUGAGGAACCACAUGGAGACUGAGCUACACAUCUGCUAUAUAUGUGCCGGGGGCCUCCGCCCAAUCUCUUCCUAAUACAAUAACCUCUUUUCAUACUUGAGAAUUAGGGUAGGAUGUGAUAACUGAUCUGAAUUAUUUGAAAACCACAAAUUGUAUCACAUACACUUGCAGAAAACAUUCUAUGUCAUUUACUCUUAACCGUGCUUUGAACCAUCAAUAAGUGUUUUGCAUUUUUCUAGAUGGCAAAAAUCCUGAGGCCAAGGUUCAUGUGCAUCUGGACCAGCCAUGGACAUCCUGGGUCACAAAUGAGAAGUAAUGUCCCAUUAAAUCUUAUUGCUUUGCUGGCAGAAGCAGAAGCACUGCCACAAACUGCCUUUCAGAUAGCCACGUGUAUGGCACAGAUCAGCAGGAUGAGAUGCAGUGUUUAAUCUCAGCAAUAUGUGCCUCCUUGUGAUCUGGGCCAUAGCUUGGCGCCAGAAGGGCAGUAAGGAAUCAGAAAGAACUUCACAAGCAAAGCUCAAACAAAGAGCCCUGGAUGCUUUAUAGCUCAUCUCAAACAGUAUAUAGUGAUGUUUGGCUCUGCCCUCCUGAAGGGAACGGACAUCUGCACUGAUAUCCAUGGGUUCUUUUAUUUAUCUCCUUUCUCAACACUUAGAAAUGGCCAUGCAUAAUCCAUUAUUACAAUAAUCCCAUCUUCGCUUUUAAAAUGCAUAUAUGAAUUUUGAAGUAAAUUCCGUAAACUCUUUGCUGGAUACGUUUGUUAUUUUGUUGUGAUUGUAGUAUAAUGGCAUCAUACCCCCUCUUGCCUUUCCUUCCUCCAAAUUCCCCAGAAAGCACUGCACCAUGUCUCUUUCAAAUUCAUGGUCUCUGUCCUCUUUAAUUGUUGUUACAGGUAUAAAUGUUUUUAUGCAUCUUAAUAAACGAUUUUAGUAAGUUUGUUUAAUCAAUAGUAUGUAUUGCAUACAUGUAUUCUGGUUGGUAGGUUUGUUGAUUGGUUGGUUGGUUGGUUGGUUGGCUGGUUGGCUGGUUGGUUGGUUGGUUGGUUUGUUUGUUAGUGGGUUGGUUGGCUGACUGGCUUGCUGGCCCAUUGUUUGUUUGUUUGGUUGGUUGGUUGGUAUGUUUUUUGGUGGGUUGGUUGGCUGGCUGGCUUGCUGGCCCAUUGUUUGUUUGUUUGGUUGGUUGUUUGGUUGGUUGGUUCCUUGCUUGCUUGCUUCCUGCAUUGGAAACAAAGUCCUGCCAUGUUGUCCAGUAAAGCUUCAAAUUCUCACUCCUCCUGCCAUAGCCUGUUAGUGUUAGCACUGUGCAUGUGAGCCACUAUCUUCAACUUUGUAUUCUUAGAAAAUGCAAAGCUAGUGAAUGGUAAGCGUUCUCACCCCAAAAAUGAUAAAUGUCCAUGUAAAGGAAUGUACUUUUUGUUUCAUAAGAUUUGACUAUUCUGCUACAUGUGACCAUUCUGCUAAAUAUGUCAUAAAUGAUAAUACAUAUUCUAACAUUUGUCACUUUAAACUCCUAAUGAAAAAUUAAGAAUGAUUAAUUUCAUCAAUGACACAAUUAUUCAUGAUCUCUUGGGUGUGCCAUUAGCUCGGUUUGGUUAUUGAUCACUUAAAUGGGAUGAUUUUCAUAAUUACUCCAUUGAGCACUAAAUAAAUAAUAACCAUGUGCCAGCUGAUAGAGUGCAGUUGUAUGCUUUUUACACAGAGCAAAGCAGCUCCCCGCAUCUGUCAGCAGAAGCCGCAUCUGCUACAGCAAUCCUCCAGAACUUCAGGGGCUUGAAGUCAUCAAUAUUCUCUUCCUUGUUCCCUUCCUCUUCAGAGUCAGGAAAGGACUCUGCACUCUCUGUCCUCAUCCUACCGAAUCCAAGUUAACAGUGAAGUCACUUCUGCAGUCUGACCACUUACUUGACUGACAGAAAGACAGUGUCUGAAGGACAUUUGAGAGCCUUGUGCUAGAACUGACAAAGCCUUACAGCUUACUUUGCAGGACAAUUUAUUUGUGCUCAUCUAUCCACGAGGGGGUCAGAAAUGGCAAUACUACCGUAUGACAAGAAAUAAAAGAUCUCUCUCACAACAUAAACAGCUCUCCUAAAUCAUUUGUGUAAUGGUACCGUUCAUUUCCCCCACUGGCAAAUCUCAUCCCUCCUGGUAGAAGAAGUACGGACUGUAAGUGACAUCAAACAGGUGACAUUAAUCAGCAUUAGUGACACUCACAUGCUUUAUAAAUAGUUUCCCUAAUGAAACCUUACCCAGGAUGCUAGGCUACUAUCUCCAUCUCUCUAAUCAUUUCUUCCUGUAUCUUCGUUUGAUCUUUGUUUACUUCGGCAAGAAUGGGAAAGCGCCUUCUCUAGCCUCCCUUCGAAAUUGGCCUGAGAAUCCUGCUGAGCUCCUAAAUUGUGACAUUUACAAUAUUCAAUUGCGCUGUUAUGUAAAGCACACUUAGCAUAUUUGUAAGACAUGCUGCAGUUAAUCAUUUUUUUAUUGUCCAUGAGAUUAAAUGUAAGCAGUGAGGAACCUUAAUCCCAAACUGUAUUGAUACAAAUUAUGAUGAGCCAGCAUGUGCUAGACAACUCUUGUUCAUGCUCAUAUUCCCGCCCACCCCCCUUCUGCUCUCUUCUGUACAGCAUUGAAGCUACAUUUUCUAGAAUUCCUCAUGCUUCUUCUGGGUCAGUUACACUAAUGA